GGUCUUGAAGCCGGGCGAGGAUCCAGGCGGGAUCCUGACGAACGGCCCCUCCAUCCAAUGGGACAUCAGAUCGGCUUUUCCCUCGCCAAUAGGAAGCGGAACCUCGGCGAGGGGGCGGGAGUUCUUGGUUGAGGGAUCCGAUCCCGCCCGGCGGCAGUCGAGGCGGGGUGCGGAUUAGGGAGGAGGGAAGACCGGAAGCCACGGCCCCGGCCCCAUCCUUACUUUCGCGUUCCCCCCGGGGGCUGGGAGCUGCGAAGCUGGCGGAGGGAGAAGCCGGGGGCCGGCUGGGAGAGAAAGGGAAGCGUCCCCUCAGCCCGCGCUCCCUCCUCAGCCACGGGCUCCUGGAGCGCGCCGCGGAGGACGCCGGGGCCGCUCCGAGCCGCGCUGAGGAGGCGCAGCCCGCGGCGGGGACCGAUCGGCGACAUCUGAGGCCGAGCGUCUCCCACGCCACCUCGACCGCCGCCAUGUCCUCCACCUCCUCCUCCCCGAAGGAGGAGACGUACGAGGAGGACCGCGAGUUCGAGAGCCAGGCCAAGCGCCUCAAGACCGAGGAGGGAGAGAUCGUCUACUCGGCGGAGGAGAGCGACAAUCGCCAGGAAGCGACGACGCCUCAGGCGGGGAGCGAGAGCGGCGGCGAAGGCGACCGCGGCGAGGGAGAGGGAGGUGGAAGUCAUCAUAAAGUUUCUGUUUCCCCUGUUGUUCAUGUUCGAGGACUCUGUGAAUCUGUGGUGGAAGCAGACCUUGUGGAGGCGCUGGAGAAAUUUGGGACAAUAUGCUAUGUGAUGAUGAUGCCAUUUAAACGACAGGCUCUAGUGGAGUUUGAAAAUAUAGAUAGUGCCAAAGAGUGUGUGACAUUUGCUGCAGAUGAGCCUGUGUACAUUGCUGGCCAACAGGCUUUCUUCAACUAUUCUACAAGUAAAAGAAUCACUCGGCCUGGAAAUACUGAUGAUCCAUCAGGUGGCAACAAAGUUCUCCUGCUCUCUAUUCAGAAUCCUCUUUAUCCAAUUACAGUGGAUGUUCUAUAUACAGUAUGCAACCCUGUUGGAAAAGUACAACGGAUUGUUAUAUUCAAGAGAAAUGGGAUACAAGCAAUGGUUGAGUUUGAGUCAGUCCUUUGUGCCCAGAAAGCUAAAGCAGCACUCAAUGGAGCUGAUAUAUAUGCCGGAUGUUGCACACUAAAAAUUGAAUAUGCAAGGCCAACUCGUCUAAAUGUUAUUAGGAAUGACAAUGACAGUUGGGACUACACUAAACCUUAUUUGGGAAGACGAGAUAGAGGAAAGGGUCGCCAGAGACAAGCCAUUCUGGGAGAUCAUCCUUCUUCGUUUAGACAUGAUGGCUAUGGAUCACAUGGUCCAUUAUUGCCUUUACCAAGUCGUUAUAGAAUGGGCUCUAGAGAUACACCUGAACUUGUUGCUUAUCCAUUACCACAAGCUUCUUCCUCUUACAUGCAUGGAGGAAGUCCCUCUGGUUCCGUUGUAAUGGUUAGUGGAUUACAUCAACUCAAAAUGAAUUGUUCAAGAGUCUUCAACCUAUUCUGCUUGUAUGGAAAUAUCGAAAAGGUAAAAUUUAUGAAGACCAUUCCUGGCACAGCCCUCGUAGAAAUGGGUGAUGAGUAUGCUGUAGAAAGAGCUGUCACACACCUUAAUAAUGUCAAACUCUUUGGGAAAAGACUUAAUGUUUGUGUAUCUAAACAACAUUCAGUUGUUCCAAGUCAGAUAUUUGAGCUGGAGGAUGGUACAAGUAGCUACAAAGAUUUUGCAAUGAGUAAAAAUAAUCGCUUCACAAGUGCUGGCCAAGCAUCUAAGAAUAUAAUCCAGCCACCCUCAUGUGUGCUGCAUUAUUACAAUGUUCCACUGUGUGUCACAGAAGAGACCUUCACAAAGUUGUGUAAUGACCAUGAAGUUCUUCCAUUCAUCAAAUAUAAAGUGUUUGAUGCGAAAGCUUCUGCUAAAACACUUUCUGGGCUGUUGGAGUGGAAAUGUAAAACUGAUGCUGUGGAAGCUCUCACUGCACUCAAUCACUACCAGAUACGAGUUCCAAAUGGUUCCAACCCCUAUACACUGAAGCUUUGCUUUUCUACAUCAUCCCAUUUAUAAGAAGAGAAGAGCAUGUUAGAAUUUAUGUUUAUCUUUAUUACAGUUUUAAAGCUAUACUUCAUUAAAAAUAAUCUAAAAUGGUUGACCUAAUGUUGCCUUGCUUACUAUAAGAUCCUGUUCUGUAAUAAACAUAUUUUGCCUCAAGUAAAUUUGUUGUUAGCUUAAAUAUUGUUUUCACCUUAAGAUGAGUACCAUAAUGUAGACUGUCUACAGCUUCAUUGUGGAUUUAUACAACAUAUGAUUUCUAACAUUAUUACAAAUUUUGUUCCAUGGUAAAAUAUAUUUGCAUUCUUAGUGCUAAUUAUCUGUAAAUGUUUUCCCGUUGUGUUUGAGAGUAAUGCAGGUGAAAAUAUUGCAUUUUAUUACAGAAUUCCUACAAUAGCUGAUUGAAUGUUAUAGUUACCCAUUAAACAUAAUUUGUAUUUAUUAUUUUAAUCAAAUUUGACAAUAGCAUUGCAUUUGUUGAUUUCAAGAACUACAGAUUUAACUGAUUUCAAUUUCUAAAAGGCUUAAUAUACAUGAACACACUUGUAUGGUAUGCACUCAAACUCAGAUUGGUGUGUUUCUUUUAAAAAGUCAUCAUUCGUUUGUAUUGACAUGUUUUUGUUCCUAGUUCCAUUUUGGAGAUUUUAUAAAGUUAUAAUAAUAAGUUAA